AUGCCAAAUAUGAAUAUCAUAAUACAUGAGAUACUUGUUCUGACUAAUGUUAUAGUUAUUAUGAUGUGUUUUGAUCAUAUGAAUGUUAAAGAUAAAUUGAAUGUAUCCUCCAAUCAAGAAUAUUCACCAUUAUGUUUUUGUCAUUCAUCAUAUCAACGUUCUAUAUUUCUUGCUAAAAUAUCUCUUUCUCAAUGUGAUAAUUCUCUUACUAUUCGUCAAUGUCAUGAAAGUAAAUUUUAUCCACCUUCAUUUGAUCUUACUCAACUUAUACCAUCACUCAUCAAUUUUUCACAUUGUCUUAAUCAUAUACAUUGUCUUCAUAAGCUACAUUCAAUACAACAUUGUCAACAUUGUCAAUUAGAAACAUUAUUAUUUACACAUAAUGAUUUCUAUCCUAUUGAUAAAACAAUAAAUAAUCUUUCAACUAAUAGAUGUUUCAAUCUAUGUCAACAUGAUACAUCAUGUGGUUUUCUUUGUCUUCAUCAAAAUGUAAUAAUAUCAAUUAAUUGUCAUAUAUGUCAAGGACGAAGACAAAAUGUCACUUGUCGUUGUAUUAAAAUAAAAUCAUCACAUUCAUGUCUUGAAUCAUCCUACGAAAGUACAACAUCUCGUUGGAUGCAAAAACGUGGCUUUCCAGCUGCUGGUAUUCUUGCUACACUUGUCUUAGCUGCUAUAUUAUUAGUUAUUGCAAUCAAACUAAUCUAUCAUCGAUUGGAUAUAGUAGAAAGACAUUAA